GAACGCGGAGGGAGGGGCGGCGGCCACUCCUCCCGUCAUGCCCCGCGCGCCGGGCUGGGACGAGGAGUGGGCGGGGCCGGCGGAGGGAGGGCAGAGAGCAAGAGCGACGCCAUAUUGGACCGCUCUGGACGGAGGGAGGGUCGCCUUGACAGCAAGCUGGUUGCACUCUGGGCUCCAUGAACAAGCAGUCGUGAGGCUGUGAUAAGAGACCUUGGCUUUCCUCCCCCCCGCCUCCCCACCAUGGACCAAGACUACGAAAGGCGCCUCCUUCGCCAAAUCAACAUCCAAAAUGAAAACAUGAUGCCUUGCGUAGCAGACAUGAGGAGAACUCUGACACCUUCCAACUCCCCCGUCUCUUCUCCUAGCAAACACGGCGACAGGUUCAUCCCCUCCAGAGCAGGGGCAAACUGGAGUAUCGGCUUCCACAGGAUAAACGAAAACGAAAAGUCUCCGAGUCAGAACAGAAAAGCAAAAGAUGCCACCUCAGACAAUGGCAAAGACGGCCUUGCGUAUUCGGCUCUGCUGAAGAAUGAGCUCUUGGGAGCCGGGAUCGAGAAGGUGCAGGACCCCCAGACAGAGGACAGGCGGCUACAGCCCUCCACACCCGAAAAGAAGAGCCUUUUCACGUAUUCCCUCACCACAAAACGCUCCAGUCCGGAUGAUGGCAACGAGGUCUCUCCGUAUUCUCUCUCCCCCGUUAGCAACAAAAGCCAGAAGCUGCUAAGAUCCCCUCGAAAGCCCACAAGGAAGAUCUCCAAAAUUCCGUUUAAAGUUCUGGACGCUCCAGAGCUGCAGGAUGACUUCUACUUGAACCUGGUGGACUGGUCUUCCCUCAACGUCCUCAGCGUCGGCCUGGGGACAUGCGUCUACCUCUGGAGUGCCUGUACGAGCCAGGUAACCCGGUUGUGUGACCUGUCGGUGGAAGGCGAUUCCGUAACGUCCGUGGGAUGGUCAGAGCGGGGAAAUUUGGUGGCAGUCGGGACCCACAAGGGCUUUGUACAGAUCUGGGAUGCCGCAGCAGGGAAGAAGCUCUCCAUGUUGGAAGGUCACACGGCUAGAGUGGGUGCUCUGGCCUGGAACGCUGACCAGCUUUCUUCCGGCAGCCGGGACAGGAUGAUCCUCCAGCGGGACAUCCGGACCCCUCCCUUGCAGUCCGAGCGGCGCCUCCAGGGCCACAGGCAGGAGGUGUGUGGCCUGAAAUGGUCCACCGACCACCAGCUCCUAGCGUCUGGCGGCAACGACAACAAGCUUCUCGUCUGGAACCACUCCAGCCUGAGCCCCGUCCAGCAGUACACGGAGCACCUCGCGGCCGUCAAAGCCAUCGCCUGGUCCCCCCACCAGCACGGGUUGCUGGCCUCGGGCGGAGGCACCGCCGACCGCUGCAUCCGCUUCUGGAACACGUUGACCGGGCAGCCUUUGCAGUGCAUCGACACCGGGUCACAAGUCUGCAACCUCGCCUGGUCGAAGCAUGCCAACGAGCUGGUGAGCACUCACGGCUACUCUCAGAACCAGAUCCUCGUCUGGAAAUACCCGUCCCUGACUCAAGUGGCCAAGCUAACCGGGCAUUCGUACAGAGUCCUCUACCUGGCUAUGUCGCCUGACGGAGAGGCCAUCGUCACGGGUGCUGGGGACGAAACGCUGAGGUUUUGGAACGUCUUCAGCAAAACCCGCUCCACCAAGGAGUCCGUGUCAGUGCUUAACCUCUUCACCAGGAUACGGUAAAACCCACCAAGAGACUGUGUCUGGGGGUCCGGGAGAGAACCACUAACUGGCAUGCAUGGAAACUGGAGGCAUUCGUCUUGUGGGGGAAACGGGGCGGCGGGGGGUGGGGGGGAGAAUGAUAUGUCAAUCUGUUCAGAGGGUGUCGGAGAUGCUUAUUAAAUACCUGGAGUAUGACAGCUAUUGGAUGUUAUUUAGGGAAGGGAGGCGGGUGGGACGGAAUGUUCCUUCUCUUGUCCGUUAGGGAGGGUGCAAGCAGGGGAGGGCUUUAAAGGGUGUGUGUGUGUGUGUGUGAGAGAGAGAGAGAGAGAGAGAGAGAGGGUGGGGAGCGGGGAAUGUGUGUGUGCAAGUAAACUGGCCCAUUCAAUACAGAGUCAGAUUUUUUUCAGUCAGAGCAGGUUAGAAGAGAACCUUGUAUGCACUGUAGAGAUUGUGUCCCCAGAUGCUGUUGGACUAAGACUCCUAUGAUCUCCUGCCAUUGUGGGGAUGAUGGGAUUUGUAGUCCAACCACAUCAGAGAACCCACAGUAGAGAACCCCCGUUGCAGAGGAUAAGCCAGAUUUGAUUGAUUGAAGAGAGUGACGAGAGCGGGAGCUGCUUUCUCCUGGAGAUUAGAAUUCCCAGAGCCUGGAACGGCCGUGGAUCUUCCUUUUGCCUUGCAGUGGCGAGUUCUUUGCUCUCUCUAGGGCUACCAAAACGGGUUUCCCAGAGUGCUGGGUCCUUUCGGCCCUGUUGUGGAGGAUGGGGAGGCAAGAAAUGGUGUGUCCUGAAAGACAGGCCAACCUGAGGCUUCCUCCUUCUCCUUCAGCAUGUUUAGGAUUAAGUCUCACUGAUUUGACAGAACUUGCUUCCAAGUAAACAAGCUCCCCCAAAAUGUGAAUAUGGUCAACUGUUCAAGCUGUGUCUUGAAACCUUGGCUGAAACUCGGAGACAAGGACUGAAUGUUUGGCAGUCUUGGGAGUAAUUUCGGAGUGUGCAGGAGGCCUCUUCUGAAGAUGGUGAUCCAGAGUUGGCUUACAUGGGACAUCCCGAUCUCCAGCUGGACUGCCAGCUCUGAAUCUUGGGUUCAUUCGCUUCUCCAUCCAGCCUCGGAUCCAGAUUCAUGUCAUAGUCGGCAAACCGUGGUUCUCCGUUACGUAAUGAUCAGGCACACUCUGGUUUGCUCUAACCCAUGGUUUGUCUCCAGAGGAGAGUUGGCUCUUCGCGGUUCUGGUUUGCAGGCAAACUUUGACCUGGGCAAGCCUCCAGUUUGGAACCUUUCAGCAAACAGGAAGGGGAUUGGAAGGGGAGGAAGGAGGACAUGCCCUUGAGCUUUGGACCGGAUGGCCAGGCCGUAGUUGGGAUGUUGGCAGCCGAGUGUCUUUCAUGUGUUCGGAAAGGUCUUCAGGAGGCUCCCUUCAGUUGUUCGCAAAUGAUUUGUAUGACCUUGCAGCUUCAAUCCGGGGUGUGUGUGUGUGUGUGUGUGUGUGUGUGUGUGUGUGUGUAAGUAAGGGGUGAAAAUGCUCUUUGGGAUUGUGGUUGUGUGUUUUUUUUAGAGCUGUUGUGGAACUGGGGUCUGUCUGUGUGUCUCUCUCCAAAGCACUUGUGUUGUGUCUGCUUUUGAAGACAACCCGUCCCGGAGCCCAUCCGUAUCCUCUGUUCUACGUGCCAACAACUGCCCACCUGUAUACUUUUAUUUUAUUUUGGUUUUGGUUUCUUGCCACAUCUUUGCUUUGUGGUGCAUUUUGGGAGAGCCGUGUGUGCGUGUCCAUCUGUCCGUUCACAAGGGAAGUACCCCUUUUGUCCUUUGUGUCUAACAUGCAGAGACGUGACCACCUAGUUCCAUUGGGCUAGCUGAGGGUGAGGGCAAUACCGUGUGUUUUGAGUGCAUUGGCAGAAGUGCUCAGGUGGGAAGCUAUACCUGGCAGAACGAUCCCAUGUACACAAAGAGGGGAGUGUGGCCCAGACAGAACCGAGAGAAGUUAUUUGGGUCCCGCUUGGAAAACCAUGUGGGCAGUGCUUUCGCUGCCAGUUGGGCAGCUUACGAGGCCAGAAACCACCGCAGGGGUACAGAUUCUUCUUAAGAUGAGCACCCCUCUGCGGUGCUCCUGGCCAGCAUCCUAUGGAGACCUCCCUCUUCUUGACCUCACCGCUGUGACCUCUGAGCCCAAGGAUGGCACUGUCAGGAGUCCGUGUCCCUGCAGGAGGAAGCAGCUGAAGCCCCCUUCCUGCCAUAUGUGGGGCAGUUACUGUGGAUGAGGCUGGAUAAAGGGGCUGACCACCGUCUCUUGAGAAGCACCUUCUGUGUGUAUGUGUGUGUGUUGUCCGUCUUCAAGUGUGGGUGGCUGCUUAAGAGGUGAUAUUUCUGCAGCACGUUGGCCUGCAUUUUUUUUUUUUAAUCAUGAUUAAGGGGGGGGUGGGGAAAUAGGGGAAAACAUACAAGUUUGUAUCCUCGGUAUGUGUUGCUUUCUGGCCAGAGUUUAUGGAGAAACUGAAGAAUAUUUGAAAUCUGGUAUCUGUUUUCCCCCUCCUUUCUUUUGGCAUUAUGAUGAUGAUGUUCAGUGCCUUGCCGGAAGCCGGCAGGGUCCCGGGAACCCUUGUUACUUGAUAUGUAAAGCUAAAUGUAUCUGGCAUUAAAACAAUGUAUGAGUUCCGGC